UAUUAACUUGUUAAGAACGUAUGGAAUGUAUUGAAGAGUCAAGAGAGUGGUAUAUAGUGUUGUCUCCACUUGGAUCUUUCUUACUUACUCCAUUAUCUUCGCCUUCUUUCUCUCUCUCCCUCAUCUCAUUAAUGGCGAGCUCUACAUCUUUAGCGAUAGUUCUUCACCAGUCUUCCAAUAAUGACGAACUCUUCAUGAAGCAAACUCUUCAAUUCUCAGAAACUCUCAAGGAUUUGAAGAAUUUACGGAAACAGUUAUACUCAGCUGCUGAUUAUUUCGAAACAUCUUACGGCAAAGAAGAACACAAAGAAACAGUCAUAGAGACGUUGAAAGAGUAUGCAGCAAAGGCAGUAGUGAACACAGUGGAUCAUCUCGGUUCUGUUUCCGACAAAUUCAACUCUUUUCUCUCUGAUAACUCGACCCAUUUCUCCACCACUCAUCUUCGUUUGUCUUCUCUUGAACAAAGGAUGAGACUAUGCAGAGAGUACAUGGGGAAGAGUGGGUCUCAUCAGCAUUUGCUUCUAUUUCAAUAUCCUCGCCAUCAUAAGCGUUACUUCUUCCCUCAACAAGGAAGAGGCACAAGUUUCUCUGCAGGAGAUGACUCAUGCCGGUUCAAGAGUGCUGUUCGAUCAACAAUACUAGAAAACCCCCCAAAUACUGCAAGGAAAGCUAACAAGGCAGGGAGUUUCUCUUUUGCACCCAUCGUACACAACAACAUCAACAGCAGAACACCAAGUAAAAGAACAAACUCUCCUAUGAGAUUCCCUCUCUUACGUUCAGGAUCUCUACUGAAACGUUCAAGCUCCCCAAGCCAACCAAAGAAACCGCCCUUACCAGAACCACAAAGAGCGAUACCUGUGUCGAGAAAUACAGAAAUAGUGGAGAUAAAGCAAUCUUCAUCGCGUAAAGGGAAGAAGAUUCUGAUGCUCAAGGCUUUGAUGAGCAUGAGCAAGUCCAGAAACUAAACCUCUUGUACUUUGAUGUCAUCACCGUUCCAACAGCCUAAAAGGCUUAAUUGGCUAAGCAGCCCAACUACACAAUAAGCAGUCCACGAUACAUGGCCCAUGAAAACUAAUAAUCUACUCGUGAAGUCCGAAAGUGAAGUCCGAAAGAGAAGACGGAGAGUCAAAGAGGUAUGAGAAUCUUGGAAGAACCAAAACUAACCUGAAGCAUCUCAAACGGAAGAGUAAACAACAACCAGGCAAAAAAGAUCUUUAGGGCAUAACCUUCUCUUCUUUUUAAACCUAAACAUCCCAUCUUUUUAGGGCAUAACCAAUCGUUUUAACUUUUAAUCGACAUGACGUGUUCCUCAGAAGAUAGAAAUGGUUUGAGAAACAUUCAGUCGCAAAAGAGGCAACGACAAGCAGAUGUGUUGCUAGAUCGUGAUGUUCUUGACUGUCCCGUUUGCUACGAGCCACUCGCUAUUCCCGUCUAUCAGGUUACGCUUUUUGAACAUUGCAUUAUGUAUCCACAUAGUUAACUAUUUUUGUGGUCAUUCUUGUAGCCCUAGUUGUUAAGUUGAGAUCCUGCUUUUAUAAGUUUUUACUUUGGGUUUUGUUUAUCUGAUCUUUAGUUUUAUACAAUUGUUUUGCCUUCAUUUUUUUUUUGUUACUUAUAGAUUGAUGACAAAUUGAUAUAAAUAUAUAGCUGAAAGAAAACAUCAAUUUAAUAAGUUGACUUAAAGUAUAUUUUUCUUAUUUUUGUAAUUGACAGAUGGUAAUUAAGUUUUUUUUUGUAAGAUUUCGUAUGUGUUUGGUCAUGUUCCGAUCAAUGGUUGAUAACAUUUUUGAUUUGGUUUUGUUAUGUAGAGAGUUGAAAAAAUUAUUUCUUUUAGUUAAAUAGGGUUUGAUAUGAUCAAUUUGAUUGCAACUCCUUAGUUUUUGAAUUUCAGUGUGAUAUGGGACAUGUAGCUUGCCAUAUUUGCUGGCCCAGACUCAAUAAUAAAUGUCCUUUAUGUGCUUUACCCAUUGGUAACAAACGCUGCAGAGCAAUGGAGAGUGUUCUUAGAUCAGUGACAGUCACUGUCCCAUGCCCAAACGCAAAGUUAGGUUGCACCAAGCAUGUUCCUUAUGGGAGGAGAGUAUCAAACCAUGAGAAGAAGUAUUGCAGAUUCUCUCUAUGUUCUUGCCCUGAAAUCAGCGAAUGCAAUUACACUGGCUCAUACAGUGAUGGCCUAUUUGGUCACUAUAUGAUAUCCCACCCGUUAAAACCCGGUUGUUUCUUCAGUUUUGGUGCUCCGAGACAUGUGCGGAUGCCCAUAAACGAUAAGAUUUUCGUUCUUAUGACGAUUGAAAAGAAAGUUUUCUUUGUGCUGCAAUGUUUUAGAGA